AGCUCCAUUUCUCUGACACCUCUGAGUUCAUUCUGCUGAAUCUUCACCUCCCUCAAACCCACACAGUUCUGUCCUUCCUGUGAGGCUCAAUCCAAAACUACACACUAGCAUACUAAGCAUGCUCGCCAGCUGUGCUUUGCUUAGAAGCCAAGUCUUUGGUCUUAGUCAACAAGCAAAAGAGUUUAUCACACACUGUGGACUACGUACAUACCAGUGGUGGUCUCCUGUCCUGACAUAGCUAUAUAGUACAGUAGGCUAUAUUCUCUCACUUUUUUCUUUUUCUUUUUUAAGUUUCAUCUAGUAAACAAGUUUCCUGAAGAAUUCUUUUAAAAGUUUAGUUUGUAGUUUAUGGAUGUAGACCAUUAAUUCAAGGCUUGAGUUUAAAAUAUAGUGCUCAGAAAAUAUAGUGCUCAGCGUUUUACUUAUUUAGAUAAUUGUUUUGGCUAACAUGCACUAAUACCUGAAUUAGUACUUAUUUAAAUAUGAACUAAUGACGAGUUAAGGCAUGUACUAAUGAAGAGCUAACGAACUAAUGAAGAGAUAACCUUACCUACAACGUGAGGCUUAUGAAUUUUAUAGCAUAAAAUACGACCAACUUAAGUACAUGUUAGUACAUGUUUGUUAGUUAAUGUAUUAAUUAACAUGUAGGGGUAAAUUAAAUCAAACAUGCUGUUUAAGAAAGAAUAUGAAUUAAGUGUGCAUAAUUUCAAACUGUUUAUAUAAUUCGCCAUAUGCAGCUGUGUACACAAACAUCACUGGAUGGCUUUGCAUUACUUUCGUAGUUUACAUUGAUCCUCUUUAUUGAACGUAGAAAGACGCACUAAUAAUAAACAUUAAUACUUUCAUCUCAGCGCCAUUUGUAACAAACGGUUACAAAAACCUGAUUUAAAUUAUGCAUGCUUGUAGUGAAUCACUGUGCUGAAAUGUUUUGCCUGGAUAUUUUGCUCACCUUCUUUCUCAUAUUCUGUGUUAUUCAAGUCAGUUAAUGUACAUUUGGGGUCUGUUUAUAUGUCUGGAAGUAAUGUCUAGUGGGAUAUUUGAGUAAAAACCUGGUGUUAGUUGGAAGUGCAGAGAAUGCCCUUCCAGAAAUACAUGGUUUUCAGUGUAAAAUAACUUAAAAUGUGUUUCAUAGACACACUUCCAGUGGACAAUUGACAAGAAUAAUACAAAAGUUAAAAAAUAGUAAGCUGUAUGACCUUUAAUAUCUUUACAUAUACCGUAAUCUCUCAGGGGCUAUCAAUAAAAGUUGGCCUAAAUUUGUGGGCAAAAUGUAGAAGCUAGAGUAAGUGGGUGGUAUGGAUGGCUAAGAAUAGAUCUUGCGUCCUGGGUAACUUUUUAAAUCAAUAUAUAAUUUAGUGGAGUUGGUCCUUAUUCUGAAAAUGUACACUAUCAAACCAUAACAAUGGUUGCAAGCUAAAAAAAAAACUAUGUUCUAACAUUGCAACAUAUCUGAAAUAGCAAACAGUGUAUGUGUUCACUAUCCUCUGCAAGUCCAAUGCUAUUUCAGGGGAAAAAAGAUCUAACUAGUGAGCUGCUUUACCUUAAUGGGGAAACCUAGCAGUCUCUAGGCUAGCAACAUUCCAACCUGAUCAAUGAGGCAGACAAGUUCAACACAUGAAAAUAGUUUGCUUUAUACCUUAUGGAUGGCAUGGUGGUACAGUGGCUCUUAGGUUCGAUCUAGAGCUCAGGUCUGUGUGGAGUUUUGCAUGCCCUCCCAGCAUCUGCAUGGGUUUCCUCUGGGUUCUUUGGGUUCCUUCUACAUCCCCAAAACAUGGGCUGGCUAUGCUAAAUUUCCCCCUAGGUGUGAAUGAGUGUGUGCAUGGCACUGUGGUGUUCCUGGGAUAGCCUCUGUAUCUACAGAGACCGUGCCAGGAUAAAGCAGUCACUGAAGAUGAAUGAAUUUUCUCACUCUUUUUUAUGUGUUCGUUGAUUCUUUCAUUGAGGAGGUAUGAAGAGACAGCUACUCACAAGCUUCAUUUUCCAUAUAGGCUGAUUUAUUUACUUUAAAAAUUGGGCUGGUUAAUGCAAGGCUAAAUUCUACAGGUAUGAUGCUACUGUUUUUGUUUACAAACCUGGUAGCCUGUUAGUUGGACUAAUUAGACACUGAAUUAUAAUAUAAAGGCUGAUUAAUACAUGUGACCCUCAUAGAAAUAGAGGAAGAUUACUAGCUCAAGUGUUUGUAAGCAAGCCACACAACUUUUCUCACUCCAUUGUAGUGCUUACUUAUUAAGUACACAUAUCUAAUGAGGAUAAAAAGGGCACAAUUUUAAAUGCUAAUGCUGCACAGAUACACCUCUGUCAUUCUCAAUCAUAUGAUUCCAUUCAAUAGAUAUUUUCUAAAAUUAUAUCCCAAGGCUAUAGCACAUGGUGAUGCUGAACCAGUCUAUUAUAUCAACAUUUUCCCCCACAUUUUUCUUCUUAUGGUCAUCAUAGCAAUGCAAAUAUUUUAGCAGAUCUCGGUGUAUUUUCAUGAACUUUUGUGCAUUAGUUCCAGUUUGCUUGUAAUCUAAUACAGGUGGAAUUUGGGGAUUCCCACUUUUGGCUCAGUCGGUAUGAUUAAUAUGGUAUGUGGAAUGUCUCCUGAUGCCGUCUAACUCAGGUGGGCUUGGAUUUAGCAGAGUCCCACCUGCAUGGAAUAAUGCACGAUUAAAUAGAAAGUUUAUUUGGUUGUUCAUUUGAUAGGAAUUUGGAGAUUCAUGCUGCAUUUAAAAGAGUACAGAGAUUAUGAAAAUAGGCCAUGCUGGAUAGUAAAAGAAAACUUUCACAUUUCUAAAUUUAAAGCUGUAGCCACUAGGGGUCAGUGACCUCAAAGCUGUUGCCUGCAGUUUUUGGCAAAGUCCUGUCCUGUUAGCAUCUGGAAGCUGCUAUGGUUUGGCAUUUCACUAGUUAAUUCUUACUUUGAUGGUGAGAUUUAUGGGUUUUUGAGGGCCAUGUCUGGCUUGGUCUAAUGUACAAUACAUAACCCACUUCACCGUCACUGGUCGGUGGUCAGUUAGGUUGCAUGUGAUAUAUUGUGCCUUUCUUUCAUGUUCCACAUCUAAUCAAGAUGAACAGAGACAAGAAGAUACUAAAUGUGUAGUCUGUAUGAGCUCAGGCAUUUAGUGAGGAAUGUUAGUGAGCUCUUUUCAGUCAGGGAGAAUAUAGGGCAGCACAGACAACAUCAACAUCAACCUGGCCAUAAAUCAACUCAUAUACACUGUAGGAGAUGGGAGAUGUGCAUGUGUGUGUGUGUGUGUGUGUGUGUGUGUGUGUAUGUGUGUCUAUGGUGCAGCGUCAGCUUGUUGUCACUCACAAACUUACCAAGCAUCAAAAAUGUGGAAAAUGCCUUAGUUUAGCUUAAGUGCAUUCACCUUAGUGUAGUUAAAGUGCAUGUUUGUGUGUGUGUGUGUGUGUGUGUGUGUGUGCACAACACACAAAUUCACUACAUUCUUUGCAUGAACCAUGUAAUAAAUCAGAUUAAAUAAAUCAAAAUAAUACAUUUAACCAACUUCAUGUGUGUGUAUUGGCAUUAUGUACCACAAGGGGGGGAUCUGUGUCUCUGUAACAGAACUCAUUUCACAGAAUUGCUGAGCAAAAAAGUGAUUUUCUUCUCCUUAUUUGCUUCUUUGCCUUCUUUAUAUUUUGUUACUGCUGCUGUAAAAGGAACAUCAACUUAAUAUGUGACCAGUAUUUUUUGUAUAUAGUGCAAAUAUUGUAAAAGUAUAAGUGGUCUAAUCUUGGGUAAUCUAGGUAGCAUUAUAGUUAAGUUGAAUCAUAUGGUGCAUUCAUUAUAUUAACAUGAACGCAUGUGCACAUAUUGAAGCACAUAAACUCUACUCAGAUUUUCUUUUUCUUUUUGUCUUUGGAAUGUUUGGAAUAAAGCACUUUUUGGCUCUUCUUCCAAUAUCCUGUCCUUAUUGGCGCCUCGCUCAGUCACAUGACUGUGAGGUGGGUAGAUCGGAGAGGAGUGUUUUCUGAGAUUAAAGUUGACUUCAUGUGUAUGUGUGUGUAUGUGUUUGUACAGUAAUGCAAAAAGGUCUUAAUGCUACUCCCAGUUCGAGUGGGAGUGAGUUUCUUAGCACUGUGGAAUGUGGAACAGCUGUGCCUCACUGUGUGAAAGCUGAAGGAGUGUCCAGGAGAUAAGACGGGCAGAAAGAGAGACACUUCCUGUAGGUAUCCACAACUGUCUGUGGAAAUUGGUAACGAAGAAAGAGAGAGAGAGAGAGAGAGAGAGCGAGAGAGAGAAAGAGAGAGAUACAAACAGAGAUGGAUGUAAUGACACUGGAAUUACCAGACAAGUGUAUGGACACUGAGCAUUUUGGGAGCAUGACACCUGAGACUCAGGACAUUUACCUGAGGCUGGACAGUCACCACAGGCGAUCCGGAUUGCGUUUGGCCCGAAUCGUUGCCCGUCAGCAGCUGGUCCAGAAGAUAGUGCGAGAGAUUGAAGCAAAGGAGGCAUGCGAUUGGCUGAGAGCGGCAGGAUUUCCACAGUAUGCUCAGCUCUAUGAGGAUUCUCAGUUUCCUAUUGACAUAUCUGGUGUGGAAAAAGAUCAUGACUUCCUGGAUAAAGAUCUGGUGGAGCCCCUGUGCCGGCGACUUCAAACUCUAAACAAGUGUGCCUCCAUGAAACUGGACGUGGGCUUUCCUAAGAAGAGAAGUGAGGACUCUGAUGAGGACGACCUGCUGGCCAUCAGCAACAGAUGGACAUUUGAGUGGAGCAGCCGCCGCUGGUCUCGCCUGCAGGACAUCGACCUAAUCCUGGGGGCAAGAGAUCGGCGGAGGACUGUGAGCAGUGAGAGUGUCCUGACUGAUCUGAGCGAACCUGAGAUCUGCUCGCUUCACAGUGAAGACUCACUGUCUGUCAUGCCUGAGUCUGCAUCCCUCAGCCCACUAAGCAUGCCCCAGUACCAAGACCUGCCACGCUACAACACACUUCCCGCAAAGAGUGGCCGACAAGGGCGCACACGCGCCAAGGACUUCCUUCGGAGAAUGGAGACCCUGGGCCGCUCAUGGGGGGCAUUGCGGACAUGUCCAGAGCGGCAUUCCAUGACAAUUAGUGGGCCGAUUUUACAGAGCGAACCAGAAGCUCUAAGAACACUACGCUGCAUCCAGAAUUUUAAUGGAGAGCCAGGUGAUACAGAAAACACACCCACUGCUAGCAACUGCUCAUCCAUUUUCACUAAUACUGAAGAGAUCAGCCAAGCUGAGGCUGGCAAAAGCAUUGAGAGCACACCCAACUUGAAGGAGCAUAUUCCAGAAGCACACAACACCAGCAAGCGUGCAGGUAUGUAUCUGGAGAAUCUGAAUGUCCUUUGUCAUGACACCCAGAGGAGGAAAUCAGUAGAACAGAAUCGCAGGAAUGAAUUUCACUCUUACGAGGAUUUGAUGGUACACAUCCCAAAGGACCACAAGCCCGGAACUUUUCCCAAAGCGCUGUCUAUUGAGAGUUUGACUCCAGCCAAUGGGGAGGGAGGGAAAUGGAGAGUUCAAGAAUCAAAGCAGCAUCAGCAAAUGAGGAACAGGAAAUGGGCAGGGCGAGAGAACCGACCAAUGACACGCUGUUGCCCACGAAGCAGUCGCAUUAGCAUUUAUGACAAUGUACCAGGUUCACACCUGUAUGCUAGCACUGGAGAUCUGGUGGACCUGGAGAAGGAGGAGGACCUGUUCCCACACCUGGAUGACAUCCUGCAGCACGUGAACGGCCUGCAGCAGAUCGUGGAUCACUGGUCCAAAAACGUGCUGCCUGAGGGAGAAGGUGAGGGUGACGGGGUGCAGGACCAUGCAAUGAUGGAUGCUCAUUCUUCCAGUCAGAUCACGUUGGAUUUUGAAGGGACCUCAGUGAACACACCUAGUGAUGGAGACAGAGAUGGAAUGUCUUUGAAUGAAACGGAUGCUUCAAGCACAAGAGAGAGGCGGGACUCAGGGGUUGGUGCAUCGCUCACACGGCCUCGUCUCAGGUGGCCCAGCUUCAGGAUGUCCAAUCGCCUCAGCCAAUCAGGAACUUCAUUACAGAUCUCUAGCCAAUCAGCAGGCCAGCUCAGCCUGUUGCAGAAGUUCUCACUUCUGCGCCUCACAGCCAUCAUGGAGAAAUAUUCAAUGUCCAACAAGCAUGGCUGGACAUGGUCAGUGCCAAAGUUCAUGAAGCGAAUGAAGGGACCAGACUACAGGGACAAGGGUGUGUAUGGAGUGCCUCUGAUUGUCCAUGUGCAACGGUAUGGUCAGCCUCUACCUCUCUGCCUGCAGCUAGCGCUGCGCUACCUCCGGAGGCAAUGCCUUGACCAGGUAGGGCUUUUCCGUAAGUCUGGGGUGAAGUCUAGGAUCCAGGCUCUGAGACAGACAUGUGAGAGUUCUCCAGAGAGUGUAGACUAUGAGGAUCAGUGUGCAUACGACGUGGCCGACAUGGUGAAGCAGUUUUUCCGAGACCUUCCUGAGCCCCUCCUCACCAGCAAACUUGGAGAGACCUUCCUCCAUAUAUAUCAGCACGUCCCUAAAGAGCAGCGCUUGCAGGCAGUGCGAGCUGCCAUUAUGCUAAUGGCAGAUGAGAACCGUGAAGUGCUGCAGACCCUACUCUGUUUCCUGAGUGAUGUCACUUCCUCUGUAGAGGAGAACCAGAUGACUCCAAUGAACCUAGCUGUGUGCCUUGCGCCAUCUCUCUUUCAUCUGAACAUUAUGAAGAAUGACAACCUUUCACCAAGGUCAAUCCAGCGGAAGUACGCCACAGGACGCCCUGACCAAAAGGAUCUUAAUGAAAAUUUCGCUGCCACUCAGGGGCUUGCCCACAUGAUCACUGAGUGCAACCGACUCUUUGAGGUCCCUCAGGAGAUGAUUGCUCAGUCAAGGAACUCAUACAUGGAAGCUGAGGUACUAGCGCCCCCUUUGGACGACCUUUGCAAGCAGCUACAGCCGCAUGUGGAAGAAGAAGAAGAGGAGGAGGAGGAGGAUGAGGAAGGUUCCUAUUGCUGCCACAUGGAGGGAUUGAUCCAAAGCUUGCUAAAAGAGGCCAGAGAUAAGGCCAAGUGCUGGGUGAGCCAACCCACUAUCGACAAUGUGGAGCUCGCAUUCAGAAAGGUAGGUGACGGAACUCCACUGCGGCGGUGGCGCAUCUCGGUUGAAGUGGAGGCUCCACCGUCUAUGCUGCUGAACCGGGUUCUGCGAGAGCGCCACCUGUGGGACAGUGAUCUCCUACAGUGGAAAGUCCUGGAAACACUGGACAAGCAGACUGAAGUGUAUCAGUAUGCUCUCAACAGCAUGGCCCCUCACCCCAGCAGAGACUUUGUGGUACUCAGGAUGUGGCAGACAGACCUACCAAAGGGUGUGUGUGCAUUAGUGACAGUUUCUAUUGACCACGAGGACAGUGCACCUAUGGGAGGGGUUCGGGGCAUCGUGUUGGAGUCACACUACCUACUUGAGCCCUGUGGGUCUGGAAAGUCGAGACUCACACACAUCUGUAGAGUGGACCUCAAGGGGAAGUCUCCUGAGUGGUAUAACAAAGCCUUUGGCCAUAUAUGUGCUGCCCAGGCAGCUCGCAUUCGCAACUCCUUCCAACCUCUGGACACUGAAGGCCCCGAGACCAAGAUCUGAGACUGGCUAUACAGUACAGCCUGGAAUCCAUGGUUUGAACCAGGAUCAGUGUUACAAACAGGGUUGAUAUUAUGGUUUGUACUAGGAUCACAUUUAGGACCAAGGUUUGGUCUAGGACCAGGGUCAGAAACAGGGUUAGGAUCAGGUUUUAAAUCAGGGUUUGGACCAUGUGGCAAACUUUGUAUGCUGAAACUAAUGAAGUAAUAUUAAGAGAAAGGUCAGAAAGUAGUAAAGUGAUCAUUUGAAUGAGAAUGUAAAGGUGGAUCUCUAGUAAGUGUUAAUGCUGGAAAUACAAGCAUGAUGAAACAUUUUCAUAGAUAUAAUGAAAAUGCCUCAAGAGGUAUUCACGUGAAACACUAAUGCUUAGUUGGCUAUAACCCCUGUGAAGGUAUUUAAUCAUCCAUCUUAUUUGAAAUAUAUAGAACUAGUGCUAGUCAAGACAACUGGACUUGUGGUCUAAUCAAAAGAUGAACUUUUUAGUCUAAAGGCAUUUCACCAUGGAGUUGAGUCUUUUUGACUUACUGCUGUGGGAAGUGUUUAACUCAUAUCUGAUGGCAGUUAUUAACUGGACAAUAUUUCCACAGGCAUAAGGUUGAAGGAGGGCACUUAUUUUUGGAUAGUCAAAACUGCCAGCUUCAGAGUUUUUGUUUGUUGAACAUUGUAUGAGGAAAGUGGAGUGGAAAUGGGAAAGAAAGGCCAGAAAGAAAGUGAUACGAGGCUCUGCAGCAUCUCAGCUUAGCUUAUAGAUUCAGACAUUGUGAAAAGAUCUUCACAUCCUGAAUUUAACUCCUGCAGAUAUCUGUCUGUUGAGCAUAGUACUGUACUAAUACCUAUAGAUUAGAUUAUGCUAAAGCAUGCAAUGCUGCAUUUACCAUCACAUCAAACCAAUCCUAGGAAUAAAUAAGGGAGAUUAAUAAGGGAGAUUCAUUAAAUGCUUGGUGUUGCACUAAAAUAUCACUUAUGCUGUUGCAUUUCCCACUGAAACAGUAGCUAGAUCAUUUUAAAUGAUUUUCAGAGAUUAUGUAUAUUAAUUGUGGAACGGUGGGAAGAAAAUCCCAAUCGUGAUUUGUGUCUUAACGUCAUCGGGUUCUUUUAAAAAGGCCACUAGGUUUAAAAUAAAUCUAGCAUAACCCUUUUUGGUGGCAUCAGCAUCUGUACCAGUAUAUCAUAAUGCAAGUAGUAUAACUAUUUCAGAUUUCUUUAUCCCAAUAAUACUAGUACUCUGUGGUUCAUUUUACCCCAGAGAGCCACUUUAAAUACUCAAAGAAUUUAAAGAAAACUAGUUGGUUGGGACAGAUAUUGAAUACAGCUACAUAAAGCCAGCUGUGAAUUCUCAGAGCUGGAUUUGCCUGCAAAUGUGUGUGCAUACACCAAUCCUAAUCUUAGCUAAUGGACAUCCACCCAAAUAAGACAUUGAGUGUUUAUUAUUAUUAUUAUUAUUAUUAUUAUUAUUAUUAUUAUUAUCGGUGUUGUUAUUAUCAUCAUUAUUAUUAUUAUUAUUAUUAUUAUUAUUAUUAUUAUUAUUAUUUUGCUUCCAUGCUAUACAAUGUCUAGGACAUUAAUCCAUUUCACUGCUUCUGAGAAGCAUGUCUGUAUUCAUUUUUAAAUACUGUAUAGAUAGAACCAAUUGUGUCAUUGUAUAUAUUUGCAUGUGUAUGUGAAGAAGUGCAUAUAUACCUAUUUUACAGUAUAUUUUGUACAUAAGUGAUGCUAAUAGGCAGAUUUAACUGCUUCCUUUGCUUAUAGUUUGUUUUUUUUCUCGUGUCAUAUUGAUAUGUUGAAAAUAAUGCAAUACCAAAAUCUAUACGCUGUUGGCUGCCUCUCGAGUGGGGUGUGAGUGUGUGUGAGUGUGUGUAUGAGAUGGACGUGAGCUAUGUGGUAGUGUACGGCACCGGUGUCAGGCUCCAAAAAGUAGUUUCCAAAGCUGCAGAAAGAAGAAUGGCGCCAUGAAUACUAACUGAGAGGCUACAUACAGCCGGUCGAAAGGCUAUAUAUUGUGCCAAGCUGACCUGGGCCAUGUGAAAACCACCAGAAAGCAAGUCUACAUUCCUAUAUGCUUCACACACUUCACACCUUCAACCAAAUUAAUGCAAAUUUUUGUUUGCUAUCUAAAUCUUAUAAAUAAGUGUUAGUUUUGUCUUUGCUGCUUCCAGGGAUGCAAAUAUGAAUUAAGGAAAUACCAUCAUCUCAUUAUAAUGAUCAGGUAACCAAAUGCAUUACAAGAAGCUUGUCCAUUUGAUUAUCUGGUUCAACGCUAAAUGUGAAUACAUCUGACCUCCAAGGCUAAAUAACUUUUAAAAGCUUUCCUAACAGGCAGCUAACAACAGGAUGGUGGUAUUUCCCCUAUUCAGAUAGUUAUUACCCUUCAAAGCAGAACAACUAUGGCUAAUAUGCACAUGCAUUAUAUAGUGAAUAUUGAUUUUCCUUUUUUUUACAACGACAGACCAGAAGCUUUCUGAAGAUGUUUAAAUGGCCCAAGAUGAUUAGCUGUGCCCUUCAGGCUGUGGUAUGCAACCUUACAGUGAUAUUCACAGCAUGUUUCUCCUUUCUGCAUGUAGUGUGUGUGUGUGUGUGUGUGCGUGUGUGUGUGUGUGUGUGUGUGUGUGUGUGUGUGUGUGUGUGUUUCACCAUCUAUUUGUAAUUAAUAAAAUGAAAACCUCUGAACACACUUGAGUCAUGAUUACUGUGUUCUUGUGCUUUGUGUGAAACUCUGUGUGCACAUAUUUUUAUUAUUUAACCAGUAGAACCUUGUUGUACUACUUGGUCACUUAUUAAAAUAAAAAUGUAUAAUUGA